AUGUCCGACCAAAUCGAAAAAGUCCUCACAACCGCCGCCCCAGCGCCCCUCCCCCAAUUCUCCCAAGCCGUAAAAUACAACGGCAUGGUCUACUGCUCCGGCAACAUCGGCAUCCUCCCCGACAAGCCAGGCAUGGUCCAGGCCGAGGGCACAGUCAAAGACCGCACCCGCCAGGCCCUCAAGAACCUCACCGCCGUCCUCGAGGCGUCCGGAAGCUCCCUCCGCAACGUCGUCAAAGUCAACGUCUACAUUACAAAGAUGGCCGACUUCGCCACCAUGAAUGAGGCGUAUGAUGAGUUCUUCACGUUUGAUCCCAAGCCUGCCCGUACGUGUGUUGCAGUAUACCAGCUACCGCUGGGCACUGAUGUCGAGAUUGAGUGCACAGCUUUCCUGAAUAAGCCCACUCAGAAGCUGUGA